GGACUAUUCAUUCUGCUCUCGGAAUGGUAAUGUAUUACUAUCUUUCAUAUUCUAAAUUGUCUCAUGCAAUCAAUAUAUAGCGUCCUGAUAAUACUUCAACACCGAAUGCUGCUCCGUCAUUAAAAAUACAUUCACUUCGAGACAGACUUGGCGAUUUAAUUUUAAUAAUUAUUGAUGAAAUCUCAGUUGUCUCACACAAUCUUUUUCAAAAAAUCAACAAACGCUUAAAUGAAAUAUUCGAAACAGCCGAUAAAAGUGAUAUUUAUUUUGGAAACAUUUCAGUUUUAUUAUUUGGAGAUUUGGCUCAAUGUGAACCAGUGGCAGCAAAGCAAAUUUUCUGGGCACCUACUGUGUCUUUUAAUCCAAUCAAAGUUAGUAACAAAGAAUGCAAAAUUCUUUUAAAACCUUCCGAAGAUGAAAACGACUGCGGAUCUAUGUUUGCACAGCUACCAAUAUGCAUAGGUACUCGUGUAAUUUGUCGACGAAAUAUUGAUUUCGAUGACUCGAUGGUAAACGGAACUGAAGCAACUGUAAACGAUAUUGUGUGGGACAAUAGUGAUCAUAUUAUACUACCGAUGUCUCACCGAUGUGUAUUUCCGAAUCUAGACCGAACAAUAACUACAACAUUACCUAAAUAUAUUGAACUCAAAUUGCUCGACGAAUCAAUUUACAAAAUGCUUCCAGAAGAAGUCAGUUUUAAAGAUAAAAAUGGAAUUUGGAUGACAAGACUACAAUUUCCACUGAAUCUUGGUUAUGCAAUAACAGUUCACCGUUCACAAUGUAUGACCUAUAAUAAGCUAGUGGUUGAUCUUACUGGAAUAAACUGGAAGCCUGGUAUGUUUUAUACAAUUCUUAGUCGUACACGAAAAUUAAAUGAUAUCAUAAUAUUGGCAUAUGAUCGGAAAUCUUUUAAAGUGUCCAAACCAGCACUCAACGAAAUGUAUCGUCUACAAAAAAUAGAACAAGAGUAUCCUAUCAAGAUUGAACAGUAUUUAGAAACUAAGAGAUAUAUUGAAUGGUGUCUACCACACUUAUCUAACAUUGAUGAAUUGUCAUCAAUGCCAUCCAAUGAAAUAAACCGAUCUACUUUAGAUCGUGGUGAUGUCAAACAGUUAAAAUGUAAUAAAUCGAGUUCACAUACAAACUUAUCUCUAAGAAAACCUGAAAAUAUUAGCCUCUGCGAAUAUCAAGAAGAAAAUUAUUGUACAAGACAUGCUCUUUGUACACUUUCACAAAAUCUUGAUCUAUUUAGUGACAACUAUUUAAUAAAUAUUGCUCAAAAUAUAGCAGCUACUGAGCAAAGAUUUAGAAAUGGAGAAUUCAUACAAACUACAGAUUACUAUUAUGAAAACACUGCAAAUUAUGAUAUUCAAAUUUUACAAGCUGCUCUUCGUGAUAUGUUAAAUGUCGACCUUAUACAACUUUAUAAAAUAGAAAACAAUGACUGUCCCAUUCGGAGUCUAAUCUUGUCGAAUACACAAAAUAUUUAA